CCCGCAGCUUUGGGCAGGGCUGUGCCGGGGCUUGUUGGCUUUCAAUGCUUGUGCUGGUGGCUGUGAAGCCGGCCUGCUCUUCCUCCUCCUCCUCUUCGCUGAGGGAAAGAGGACCACGCCUCUCCGUCUUGCUUUCCCUCUCUUUCCCCGCCUCUCUCUCUCUUUCUCUCUAGACCAGAAAUGUGUGUUGCUGCUGCUGCAACGCGCUGGGCUUGAGGAGCAGAGCAUCGCUGAGACACAGAGAGACGGAGGAGGCUGUUGGAACCAAUUGGAUACCUUGUUCCCCCUCUUCUUCGCCGGGAAAGUCGGAGAAGAGCCGGAGAAGCCGAGACGAGGAGGUUAUAUGACAAAAUCUUCCCAAGCAGUGUGAUCAAAAAUGGAACUUCAAAGAAUUCCUCUGCUGUAGACUUUGCAUUUAAAGGACUAUAUUUAAUACUCAAAGGAAUAUAUUCUUUCACCUAGCUAUUUUUUAAUUUUUAAUGAAAUUCAAGGAUGAUAGAUUUACAGUGUUUUUUGUUUAUUUUUGCUCAGUGCAAUGAAAUCCCAUUAUCUUCAUUUUGUUCAAUGGGGAAUACCUGAGUUUUUUGUUAGUAACUUCUUUAUUUACCAUUGAUUCAAAUACUUAUGUAUAACACACUUCUUAAAAUUCAUUUUCCAUUCAAGUGUUACAUUUUUUAAACUUCUGACUUCAAAUUGAUUGUAUAAGGACACUAAGAAUUUUGAUUGUAGAAUAUGACUUAAAUUCAUUUGAGCUUUCUGUCUGACUGCUAUAAAUGCCUCCUUAAAUCAAUAUCCUUGUUAGUAUUAAUAUGAGGCAUUGCAUUCAUUGUUGCAUAGCAUUGUUACCAAAUGACUUGCACAAACAGUGUUUCAGGUGUCAGGGACAAAGUCACAAUAUCCAGAAGCAUCCUCUAUGCAGAGGAGAAAAUAAAGUUCUGUUGCACUUGGAUAGCAAACAGAUGAACUUGCUUGCAGUUUUGGAAGUAAGGACUGUUCACAAUGAAAGCUGGACUGGACUGUUUUGCUUGAAGAAAGGGAAGCUAUGCAGCUUAAUGUUUGGAUUAAUAAUAAUGAUGCUAGUGAUGGCAUCGUAUAUAUUGACUGGAGCUAAGGGUGGCCUCUUGCUGAUACAGCCAGUGCUCCGUUAUGGAACUUUUACCAGCAAUUCAGACUUGGACAAUGAGAGUCUUGGUGACAUGAAAGACCAUUACCAAACAUCUAAAAUGAAUAUUUCAUAUGCAAAGGAUUAUCCAAGCAUUAAAAUAGUCAUUGAUACUAUUACUUCAAACAUUGAAUUCAUAACCAGACAUCUUCCAGACCUGGAAGAUCUGAAGAAACAAGAAAUGCACAUGUUCUCAGUAAUUCCUAGCAAGUUUCUUUCAAACAGCAAAAAUCCCUGCUGGUAUGAAGAGUACCAAGGAAACACUACCAGAAAUCCUUAUGCUACAAACUCCUACGCAUUAUAUUCCAAACGUUUCCGGACAAUAUUUGAUUACCUUAGGAAGGUAUUUUGGAAUCAUUUGUAUCAUUACAAGGACAAGCAUUAUCGGCUUCGCUGCCUUCCCCAUUUUUACAUCAUAGGUCAGCCAAAGUGUGGGACAACAGAUCUUUAUGACAGACUUAGGUUACAUCCUGAUGUGAGAUUUUCGGCAAUUAAAGAGCCCCACUGGUGGACAAGAAAACGGUUUGGAAUUAUUCGCUUGAGGGAUGGAUUUCAUGACCGCUACCCAGUGGAAGAUUACCUGGAUCUUUUCGACUUAGCUGCUCAUCAGAUUCAGAGUGUGCUUCAGGGAGAUGCUGGGAAUGACUUAAUGAGCAACAUCAUAAUUGGAGAGGCAAGUGCUUCAACAAUGUGGGACAACAAUGCUUGGAUUUUCUUCUAUGACAACAGUACAGAGGGAGAACCUCCAUUUUUAAUACAAGAUUUUAUCCAUGCCUUUCAGCCGAAUGCAAAACUGAUUGUCAUGCUUCGGGAUCCUGUUGAAAGAUUGUAUUCUGAUUAUCUCUACUUUGCAAGUGCUAACAAAUCAGUUGAAGACUUCCAUGAAAAAGUGGCAGAAUCACUGCAGCUAUUUGAAAAUUGCCUCUCAGAUUAUUCCCUGAGAGCCUGUGUAUACAACAACUCUCUCAACAAUGCCAUGCCAGUAAGGCUCCAGGUUGGUCUGUAUGUCGUUUUUCUUCUGGACUGGCUGACAGUUUUUAAUAAAGAUCAAAUACUAGUUCUCCGCUUGGAGGAUCAUGCAUCCAAUGUUAAGUUUACUAUGCACAUGGUGUUCCAGUUUCUGGAUUUAGGGGCCCUGACUGAAAAACAAGAGGCUCUCAUUACUAAGAGCCCUGCAUCAAACACUAGAAGGCCCGAGGAUCGUAAUCUAGGUCCCAUGUUACCGCUUACAAAGGAAAUUCUACGAGAUUUCUAUCAACCUUUUAACACAAAACUGGCUCAAGUUCUUUCUGAUGACGCUUUUUUAUGGAAAAAACCAUAACCACAGUUUCAGUGCCAGAAAUACAAUGCUUAAAGAAAAUUUUAUUUUUUUAAAAUCCCGAUUGAAGGUGCAAUCAAUUACUUAUUCUGAGAUCAAGAGGUCUAUUGCAAUUAAAUCUUUCUCCCAAGGGUUAAUAUAUGUCAGAGAAACUAUAGAAGAACAUAAAGCAACAUGAUUGUCAAUCUCCUUUGCAACAACUAUUUCUGUCUCAGCAAAAGAACUCUGUGUAGAUAUUUAUGAAGCAAUCUUACAUCCUCUGGUUUAUGGUUUUGAAAUAUAAUUUGCAAGCUAUUACAAUACAGAAAUUAGCACUAGCCACCUAAAAUGCACAUUCAUUUUCAUUUUUUAAAGCUAUGUCUUGCAUUCAAAACAGCUUUUUAACCAUUAAAAUUUAAUUGAUUUUAA